AUGCAUCGAUGGGCCCUAGUUUUGUCAGCAUAUGACCAUGAGAUUGUAUUCAAACGAUCGGAAGAUCAUGCCAACUGUGAUGCAUUGUCACAACUGCCACACAAAGGCUCUGAUCUAGCUAGUGAAGUUUCAAUUUAUCGUGUAAGUGCUGUUGAUGAUGAUUUUCCCAUCUUAGCCAAAGACAUUGCUAGAGAAACCCAACAUGAUCCAGCAGUGAGCAAGGUCCUUCAUUUUAUGUCUAGAUGGCCAAACAGAUGUGAAGAUGAAACACUAAAACCUUAUCACAAUCGUAGGCUAGAGUUGUCCUGUGAGCAAAGCUGUAUUCUUUGGGGUUCAAGAGUAAUCAUCCCACCUUCUCUAAGAGUCAAAAUGUUGAAGGAGUUGCACUGGGAACACCCUGGUAUGUGCUUUAUGAAGGCAAUUGCACGCUCAUGUGUGUGGUGGCCCAAAAUGGAUGAGGAAAUAGAGGAUGUAGUGAGGUCUUGUACAGUGUGUCAGAGCACUAGGAGUUCUCCACCAUGUGCACCUUUAAUUCCAUGGAAAUGGCCAAGUAAACCAUUCCAGAGAAUUCAUGUCGAUUUCUGUCAAAAAGAAGCUGAUUACUUCCUAGUAGUUGUUGAUAGCCACUCCAAGUGGAUAGAGGUCAAACAUAUGACCUCAACCACGGCUGAUAAAACAAUUGAUGAGUUACGGUUGAUCUUNAGAGGAAAAUCCUGA